AUGGAUGUUGACGACGCAAGUGCAGAUUCGCGAGACGCGAAGAGGCCAAGGGUAGUGGAGAGCGAGAGCGACGGCAGCAUCAGAGUCGCGGCUGUCAUCGACAACGGCAUGCAGCCCAAGAACAGCAUCGUCCGAGAGGUCGUGCCACCUCACCUAUCUCGGGAGAUGUGGUCUCAUCGUCCAACUUCUCAUCACAUCACCAACACCUCGGAGUCCACCACGUCGACUGGAACCUGCCGCCUGCUCGCUCUCCCCGCAGAGCUGCGAGAGUUGAUAUGGCUCCAUACCGUUACGGAGUGGACGCCGGCGCCAGAAGACAAGCACGACAAGCACACCUCACCACAGCGUAGGAGCAGGAUCCUCGAAAAGAGGCCGAUCCGCAUGGACCGGUUCAACAGGCCACUACCACCAGCCAUCACGAGAGUGUCUCACCAACUUCAAGCAGAGACGCUAGCUCUGUACUACCAAGAAAACAUCUUCGAGUGCUGGAGACCUCUUUUCUGGAUGUACGAUUGGUCGGUGAGCACACUCAUCGACUGGCUCAACUCGCUAAGCCUGUGCGAAAUCAAAUGGCUCCGCCACAUCGUCCUACUGUACAAGCACAACGACGAACUCGAACAUGACGUUGCAGCCGCUCUCUUCGAGCAAGGGUACGAGCUCAACGAAUGCACCAUCACUAGCAAGUUGGAGCUUAGUGAGUAUGAGCAGUGCUUCGAGCAGCUAGGCCUGCCAAGACACUUUGGCAAGAAGAAGCGCAAUGAUCGUUGGGGCGCCGCCCAACCCAGUACUUCGUGA